CCCCCACCACAGGUGUGGACCAGGCCCCGGCCCAGGCCCCGGCCCCAGUAAAAAUGCCCGCUGCCUGAGCUUCAGACCAUGUACUCAUACAGCAGCCUGGCUCCCGGAGAUGGCGUCUGGCCUUCGCUGCAGCCCCUCACCUACACCUACCUGCCCGCCCCUCUGCUGCUGCCCCCCAUCCAGGCCCACAACUUCUGCAGCCGGCCCCGGAGCCUGAGCGCGGGCGAGUGGGGCGCCCCGCGGGAAUACCACUGCUUCCACGGCCCGGGCGCGCCCCUGGGGGCCGUGCCGCCCUUGUGGGUCUUUCCGCAGGCCUAUGCCGCGCCCUUCUACCUGGGGCCGUCGCUGCAUGCGCCCGUGGCGGCGGGGACGGUGGCGGCAGAAAGCUGGGCGCCGUGGCCAGAGGGCGGCAGCCUGCAGGCGGAGCUGCGCUGGGGCCGCGCCUGGAGCUGCCGGACUUCGUGCGCCGGGAGCUGCGGCGCGUGUACGGCACGUACCCGCGCACCGACGUGCGCGUCACCUACAGCGGGGGCGAGUUCCUGCUGCAGGCGGCGCCGCGCGUGCGCGAGCCCGAGCACCGCGUGCAGAGGAGUGUGCUGCGUCCGCCCGCCAGCAGCGGCAGCGGGGACAGCAGCCCAGCGCGGAAAGCGGCGGAGCGCGGCCGAGGGAAGAAGAGGAAAGGCCGGAGCUGAGGGCGCCGCAGGGCCCGGCGGCCAGCCGGGAUGCGCACGCGCGGCUCUCAUCCCCUGCGCCCGCCGCCGCCAGCCUGCGAGGAGGGAGAUCUCAGCUGUGCGCUGCAGGCUAGUGCGCCUGUCACCUCAAAGCUCCCAGGACUCCCCAGCCUGA